CUGUUCAGAUCCUCAGUGCCACCUGACAAAAAACUGCAUGCCAGGAAAGGAACACCAGCUGUGCAGAAUCUGAUCUGUGAAAACCUAGGAGGUUUGUUGAGACCAACAUGUGCUCUCCCGCCAGUUCCAAAAUCCUAUACAGGAAUCCCCGGUUUCUCCGGUUAGCUUUUCUGCAGCUUCAUCACCAGCAACAGACUGGUGUGUUCUGUGAUGUCCUUCUGCAGGCAGAAGGUGAGGCAGUCCCAGCUCAUUGCUGCAUCCUGUCAGCCUGCAGCCCCUUCUUCACAGAGCGCCUAGAGCAGGAGAGGCCAGCUCAGGGUCGGAAGGUGGUGCUGGAGUUGGGGGGCUUGAAGAUCAGGACACUCAGGAAGCUGGUGGACUUCUUGUAUACCUCAGAGAUGGAAGUAUCUCGAGAAGAAGCCCAGGAUGUGCUUUCUGCUGCCCGUCAGCUCCGUGUAUCUGAGCUAGAAUCCCUUCAGCUAGAGGGUGGGAAGUUGGUGAAGGCCCCCCAGGGCCGAAGGCUGAACCGGGAGUGCUUACAGCCUCCAAGUGCAGCACCAAUCUCUGCCAGGGUGGUGGCAUCCAGCCGCCGCCCUCGGACUCCACUGCCUACAACCCAGACUCCUUGUCCUCUUGGGCCAGUGAGAUUGAAGUCCUCAGGGAAGGAGGAGGGGCCCCUGGAGAAAAGCAACCGACAGAAUGCAGAGAAUUUGUCUGGCAAUCUGCUCAAGAAGGCCAGAGCUUGCCCAACUCCACAAGAAAAAAGCUCUUCACCAUCAAGCCACAGUCAGGGACCAAGAGAGAACAAGAGUGACCCUGCCCUUGCUCCUACAGCACUUUCCCCACCCAGUAUGUAUCCCUCUGUGGAUGAGCGGCUAUUGCCCAGAAAGAUCAGACUGAGUCGCUCAAAGCCGUCUCCUGAUACCUGUACAUCCAAGCCUUCCAGCAUGGUAAGCGGACCUAGCUCAGUACCCACAGCCCCUGGCCGGCGCCUUUGGCGGCAGAAGAGUAUAAAUAAAGUACCAGAGGACAAGGAGAAACCAGGGGGAGCUAGUCCUCUACAGAGCAUCCCAAGCCCAUCUGGCCUUGGAAAGACAGGUGGGAGCAAGAAGCGGAGCCCUGAAGUCAGGGCACCGAACUCCGACUCCGCAGAAGAGGGGCAGGUUGGAAGAGUGAAACUUCGGAAGAUUGUCAAUGGGACAUGCUGGGAGGUGGUACAAGAGCCUCCCCUCAGAAACUCUCAAGAUAGCCCUCAGAUCCCAGAACCUCAAUGCUCAGAAGAGCCUGCGAGUACUCAGCCAUCCUCACUUAAUGAGCAGGAACAGUCAUCUUUUCGGGUAGACCUGUGUCAGGACUCCCCAGUGUGCUCUAGGCUCCAAGACAUUCUGCUCUCUGCUAGCCACUCCCCAGACCAGCCAGUGGUGAAGUCCGAGUUCGGGUCCAGUCCAGAACUGGUAGGGAAGGAACCCGGGUUGGAUAUUGACUGCAGAGAGCCCUAUGCUUUUGACACAGACCUGCUGGGGCAGCCCUGCGAAGCCGAGGAGUACCGCAUCACAAGUGCUGCUGCCACCAGUGAGCUGGAGGAGAUCCUGGACUUCAUGCUGUGUGGCUCAGACAUUGAGCCCCCCAUAGGGUCUCUGGGAAGUCCUGGAGCCGAGGGCUGCAGGACCCCUAGCUAUCACCUGACAGAAACAGGAAAGAACUGGAUCGAAGGGGAGGAAUGGUGUUUGCCGGACAUGGAACUCUGGCCCAGGGAGCUCACUGGACUGGAAAAGGAACCUGUUGGUGAGAACAAUGAGCCAAUUGAGCCCUUUAGCCCCCUUGUUAUGUCCUCUGAGAACAAAGAGCCAAUUGAGUCCCUUAGCCCCCUUGUCAUACCCUCUGAGGUGAGUGAAGGGGAGGUACUUUCAGGAGGCUCUUGGACUCCAGAUCUAGAAAUUACCAGUUCCCAACCACUGGAUGGUCAGAGAGAUAAGCUUCAUAUUGACUCUCUUGACCUUCCCCAAAGGUCCUAUGAGGACCUCUCACCUCCCUGUUCAAACUGGAUGGAUACUAGGCCAGAAGUGUCCCUAAGUAUGGAUGAGGUAUUGUAUCCUGCUCCAGAGGCAGGCAAGGAGGUACUUGGCAACUCUGAGUUGUUGGACCCACUUCCUGCCAGCUCCGAAGAGGAAGAGAUUGAUGUGGUGGACUGGACAUCAGAGGGGAGGCUGGUGCCCACUGGUAUUCCCUCUGUGUGGCCCGACCCUUCCUCAGAGUCAGAUACAGAGGUGGACAUACUCACGUAGAACAGGAAGUGCAGG